AUGAAAGGGUUAUCGGGCAGCCGCAGCCAUCACCACGGGGUCACCUGCGAUUCUGCUGCCUGCGACUCGCUGUCCCACCAUUCGGACCGCAAGCCCUACCUGCUGAGCCCGGUGGAGCACCACCCUGCCGACCACCCCUACUACACGCAGCGCAAUUCCUUCCAGGCCGAGUGCGUGGGCCCCUUCAGCGACCCGCUGGCCAGCAGCACCUUCCCGCGCAGGCACUACACGUCGCAGCAGGAGCUGAAGGACGAGUGCGCCCUGGUGCCCCGCACGCUGGCCACCAAGGCGAACCGCAUCCCCGCCAACCUGCUGGACCAAUUCGAGAGGCAGCUGCCGCUGGGCCGCGAUGGCUACCACACGCUGCAGUACAAGCGCACGGCUGUGGAGCACCGCAGCGACAGCCCCGGCCGCAUCCGGCACUUGGUGCAUUCGGUCCAGAAGCUCUUUACCAAGUCGCACUCGCUGGAGGGGCCGUCCAAGGGCAGCGUCAACGGGGGCAAGGCCAGCCCCGACGAGACGCAGACCGUGAGGUACAGCAAACGCAGCAAAAGCAAGGAGCGGCGCACCGAGCCCAAGGCCCGGUCCAGCACCUCCCCGGGCUGGUGGAGCUCCGAUGACAACCUCGACAGCGACAUGUGCAUCUACCAUGCGCCCUCGGGGGUGAUGACCAUGGGCAGGUGUCCCGACCGCUCCACCUCGCAGUACUUCAUGGAGGCUUACAACACCAUCAGCGAGCAGGCCGUGAAGGCCUCCCGGAGCAACAAUGACGUCAAGUGCUCCACCUGCGCCAACCUACCGGUCCAUCUGGACGCGCCGCUGCUGAAGAAGAGCGCCUGGUCCUCCACGCUCACAGUGAGCCGCGCCCGGGAGGUUUACCAGAAGGCCUCGGUGAACGUGGACCAGGCCAUGGUGAAAUCUGAGUCGUGUCAACAAGAGCGCUCCUGCCAAUACCUGCAGGUUCCUCAAGAUGAAUGGGCAGGGUACACCCCUCGAGGUAAAGACGAUGAAAUUCCUUGCAGAAGAAUGCGCAGUGGCAGCUAUAUCAAGGCCAUGGGGGAUGAAGAUAGUGGGGACUCUGACACAAGUCCCAAGCCUUCUCCCAAAGUUGCUGCACGGAGAGAAAGCUAUCUCAAGGCCACUCAGCCAUCCCUUACAGAACUCACCACACUCAAAAUCUCCAAUGAACACUCACCUAAGCUCCAGAUCCGGAGUCACAGUUACCUGAGGGCGGUGAGUGAAGUCUCCAUCAACCGAAGCCUGGACAGCCUGGACCCUGCGGGCUUGCUCACAUCACCAAAGUUCCGCUCCAGGAAUGAGAGCUACAUGCGAGCCAUGAGCACCAUCAGCCAGGUGAGCGAGAUGGAAGUGAACGGGCAGUUCGAGUCCGUGUGCGAGUCGGUGUUCAGCGAGCUGGAGUCUCAGGCCGUGGAAGCGCUGGAUCUGCCCGUGCCCGGCUGCUUCCGCAUGCGGAGCCACAGCUACGUGCGCGCCAUCGAGAAGGGCUGCUCGCAGGACGACGAGUGCGUGUCGCUGAGGUCGUCGUCGCCGCCGCGCACCACCACCACCGUGCGGACCAUCCAGAGCAGCACGGGUGUCAUAAAACUGAGUUCUGCAGUUGAAGUGUCAUCUUGCAUUACAACAUACAAGAAGACUCCACCUCCAGUCCCACCCAGAACUACCACGAAACCUUUCAUUUCUAUCACAGCCCAGAGUAGCACAGAGUCUGCGCAGGAUGCCUACAUGGACGGACAGGGCCAGCGAGGGGACAUCAUCAGCCAGUCUGGACUCAGCAACUCCACGGAGAGCCUGGACAGUAUGAAGGCUCUGACUGCCGCCAUCGAAGCUGCAAAUGCCCAGAUCCACGGCCCUGCAAGUCAGCACAUGGGCAAUAACACUGCCACCGUCACCACCACGACCACCAUCGCCACGGUCACCACAGAGGACAGGAAGAAGGACUUCAAGAAGAACCGAUGCCUGUCCGUUGGGAUCCAGGUGGAUGAUGCUGAUGAACCUGACAAAACAGGGGAAAAUAAGGCACCCAGUAAGUUCCAGUCUGUGGGAGUGCAAGUAGAAGAAGAGAAGUGCUUUCGCAGGUUCACUCGAUCCAACAGUGUGACAACAGCAGUACAGGCUGACCUGGACUUCCAUGAUAAUCUGGAAAAUUCUCUGGAAUCUAUUGAGGACAAUUCAUGUCCCGGCCCAAUGGCCAGACAAUUCUCCAGGGAUGCCAGCACCUCUACCGUCAGCAUUCAGGGCUCAGGAAACCAUUACCAUGCGUGUGCAGCCGACGAUGACUUUGACACGGAUUUUGACCCCUCUAUUCUGCCCCCUCCGGACCCCUGGAUUGACUCUAUCACCGAAGACCCUCUGGAGGCCGUGCAAAGGUCGGUGUGCCACCGGGACGGCCACUGGUUCCUGAAGCUUCUCCAAGCAGAGCGAGAUCGCAUGGAAGGCUGGUGCCAACAGAUGGAGAGGGAGGAGCGGGAAAACAGCCUGCCAGAAGACAUUCUAGGGAAAAUCCGAACCGCAGUGGGCAGUGCCCAACUUCUCAUGGCGCAGAAAUUCUACCAGUUCAGAGAACUGUGUGAAGAAAACCUGAAUCCAAAUGCUCAUCCGAGGCCCACCUCCCAGGAUUUGGCGGGGUUUUGGGACAUGCUGCAGUUGUCCAUAGAAAAUAUUAGUAUGAAAUUUGAUGAACUUCAUCAAUUAAAGGCCAAUAAUUGGAAACAGAUGGAUCCUCUUGACAAGAAGGAGAGAAGGGCCCCUCCUCCAGUGCCAAAGAAGCCGGCGAAGGGCCCCGCGCCGCUGAUCCGGGAGCGCUCGCUGGAGAGCUCGCAGCGCCAGGAGGCCCGCAAGCGCCUGAUGGCCGCCAAGCGCGCCGCGUCCGUCCGCCAGAACUCGGCCACCGAGAGCGCCGAGAGCAUCGAGAUCUACAUCCCCGAGGCGCAGACCCGGCUCUGAGCGCCGCCGCCCGCCACGUAUCUGUCCCCCGCUCCCGCCCUACCCCGGCCGCCUCCCCGCCUCCCGGCCCCC